CUCCGCUUUUUUAGUGUCGCUAGUUGCAAUGACCGAGAAUUGCAGACAGAAAUUCCGCUCCCUUGUGUUUUUUGGAUAGAAGGUACUAACUAAACAGCACUCUUAUCAUUAAUCAUCAAAAUUAUUUCUUUCAUGAAGAUAAGGUUUAUUUGGGUCCUUGUUUAAAUCUAUUCUUUGCCAGAUUAGUCCACGUCAUCGUGUAGCUUCUGCAACGAGCAAGCGGCCAUAUUAACCGGUUGACAGCUCGGUACCCUCCGUCGUUUCUUUCAAGAUUUGUCGUCUAAAAACAACUUUCACGAGUUGGAUUAUUAGUUUACAUCCUAGAUCAAAAUGAAUAUCUUCCGUCUAUUGGGAGACUUGUCUCAUCUUCUGGCUAUUGUCAUACUUCUGUUGAAGAUAUGGAAAAGUCGUUCGUGUGCAGGUAUUUCGGGUAAGUCUCAAUUUCUAUUUGCCUUGGUCUACACCACCAGGUACUUGGAUUUAUUGACAAACUAUGUCUCCCUCUACAACUCUUUCAUGAAGGUGGUAUUCAUCGCAGCAUCCUAUGGCACACUUUAUUUAAUGUAUGUCAAAUUCAGGGCUACAUAUGACCGGAAUCAUGACACAUUCAGAGUCGAACUCUUGCUUAUUCCUGUUGCCGCCUUGGCCCUCCUUUUCAACCACGAGUUCUCUGUCAUGGAAGUGCUGUGGGCUUUCUCGAUCUAUCUGGAAGCAGUUGCGAUCUUGCCCCAACUUUUCAUGGUUUCCAAGACUGGAGAGGCUGAAUCUAUCACAUCACAUUACUUGUUUGCUUUGGGCUCCUACCGUGCUCUGUACAUCUUUAACUGGAUCUACCGUUACUAUGGUGAGAGCUUCCAAGAUUGGAUCGCUGUUGUUGCCGGCAUCGUUCAAACUAUUUUGUACUGCGACUUCUUCUACCUCUACAUAACCAAAGUUCUCAAAGGAAAGAAACUGCAACUACCAGCAUAAACAAAUUUAUUAUCUUCAUCAUAUCACCAGGAAUUUGUUGGCAAAUUGUCACGCCGCAACAAGAUGGAGAUGAGAAGAAAGCAAGUGUGUAUGUGUGUGUGUUACAUGCAGAUUGGCCUUUUAAUAAUUUCCUUUCCGCGUUUCAUUUUAAUGUUUCUUGAUUAUUUUUUCCUGUUUAUCCUGCAAAGAAGGAAAAGCUUGAGCCAAUGAAUUUUUCGCAAAGCCAACAAAGGAUGCGAUUUUCAGCUCAUGAUACAGGGGGCUAAUUCAAAUUUGUUUUCAAUAAAAGAAUUUCUGCUAAA